CAAAAACAAAAAGUGUUUAGGAGGGAUUGAGUCCCAAAACCCCUCUGUCUCUCGCACACACACACACAUUUGAGAGCCAAAAACCCCAACAAUGGCAAUCACAGGCACAGGCACAGGCACAGGCACAGCUCUCCGAGACCCACCUCAAAUCCACAGAUUCCCACAAACCAAAUACAUCGACGCCGUCCGCUGGCUCCCUCAGCUCUCCGCCUUCGACCGCUUCGCCGUCCUCUCUCUCUUCGACUCCGACUCCAACACCCCCUCUCUCGAAAUCUACUCUCUCAAUCCCCAAUCCCAAACCCUAACCCUAACCCCUCAACCCACAUUUUCUCCGCCUUCCCGAAUCUCCUCCCUCAAGACCUCCCAAACCCCAAACCACAAACCCCUCAUCGCCGCCUCCACCUUCUCCGGCUCCCUCCACCUCCUCUUCGCCAACGCCGUCGACGCCUCGCUCGAGUCCGAGUGCUCGGUCCCCGCGAAGGAGCUGCACGUUGGGGCUGUGUCUUGUGUCGAUGUGAAGGACGGUGGGGCUGAGUGUGUGACCGUUGGGGAGGACGGGAGGGUCAAUUUGGUUGGGGUUACGGGUUCCGGGUUGAGUUGUCGCCGGGUUUUCGAUAGUGAUGGGUUGGUUUCGUAUACCGCGGCGAAAUGGGCGUCGCCGGUGGAGUUUGCCACCGGGGGUUAUGGGUUUAGUCUUCAGUGGUGGGAUCAGAGGAAACCCGGCGGGGCGGUUUCUCAGUUCAAGGGAAAUUGGACUCAAGGAACAACUUCUGGGAUUGUACACUCCAUUGAUAUUCAUCCGUCAAGAAAACAUACUUGUCUGGCAGGAGGCUCUUUAGGCACUGUAUUUGCCUGGGAUCUUAGGUGGCAACAACAGCCAAUUAUUCUUUCUGGGAUUGGGGCAGGUGAUGCUGCAAUCCCUUCAGCAUGUGAAAGUGAGGUUUGGGAGGUUCAGUAUGACUGCUAUACCAAGUCUACAAACAUGGGCAACAUCUCAUCCUCACGAAUUUUACCUGCUAUUAUAUGCUCAGAGGAUGGUAUCCUUGCUGUUGUUGAACAAGAUGUAGAACCCAUGGAGCUAUUGGCAGAAACUUGUGCAAUCAACAGCUUUGACAUUGACCGGGAAAACCCCUCGGACAUAAUAUGUAGUUUGGAGUGGGAGUCUAUAGCCAUCUUGACAAGGCCAUAAUAUCCAGAAAUGGAAACUAAAAAGUUUUGCAGUUAAAAUUCUACUCUCUCUCUCUUCUUGGGUGCACUUACUCAAGGAAUGAAGUUCUGCCCAACUACUCUGCGCUGAAACAGCAGAUCAUGCCCACGAAGGAUGUAUGGAGCACUUCACUGUUUUUUCUUUUCGUUUAGCAUAUGUGUGACUGGAUUGUAAGAUUGAAGUAAAUACUAAUGUAGUAGUUUCUAGUUAUCUCUUUAACAUAUAUAGCUUAGUAAGUUUUUUUGUCAGGUACUUGUGGAGAAAUAUUGUUACCAGAAAAGCAGCUUGACAAUUCAAAACCAUUUUGCUUGGGUAAGCUAUUUUUAAGAUGCUUGCCAAAAUGAGAGAUGCUACAUCAAUGUAAUUUCACUCUUCAACAGAUAAUGAGGCACAGCUUCUGUUAUCAUU